GGCAAUAUUGCAACCAAUCAUUUUUGAGGUUAGAAAAUCAUUCACGGAAGUUGUGUGACGCAGGCAGAGAAUGGCGGCUAGUUGGCAGGGGGAGUCCUCAUGAAAGAAUAGGAAACAUUUUAUGAACAGUGUAAAGCUGGGUUUGUUUGAAAAUGUUGAAGACAGCAAAAACAUGAUAAUGUCGGAAAUUGUGGGUCAGCUGUCAAUGUCAAAUAAGACAAGCGCCUGUUCCUCGGCUGAAAACGGGCUUUUAGAAGGACAGGAAGUAAACAAAGUGAAAGAUGCAGCUGACAGCGGGGGAGGGUCGUUAACCAUCGGAGCAGACAGCAGCAGCUUCAGUGACGAAUAUCUUAGCGAGAAACAGAAAAGUUCUCCGUUGAAGAUGAAGAGUCGAAAUAAAAUAACAUUUCCUACCGGUGAUUUGGUAUCUACGUACCACGACCCGCCUGAUCCGUGGAAAAAUGUUAGAAAUUACACCACCCAUGAAGUUAUAUCAGCAUACAGAAAAAGUUGUGAAAAAUAUAAUACCAAGCCAAUGUAUAAAAUAAUUCAGCAGAUUGAGGCAUUCUCCUGCAGUGGAAAAAGGGAGGAAAAACUAGUAGUUAAAGGAGACAAGAUUGAACCCAGGCACUGCGAAGCACUGGAGGAGAUCUUCCGCCGUGUCCAGUUCAAAACCCUUGAGUUUGAAGCAAGUCAUCUGGAUGAUGAGUGUGCAGUGGCAUUAUUUGAUAUGAUCGAGUACUACGACUCCACUUGUCAUCUAAAUAUAUCCUUCAAUAAGAAUAUUGGACUCCGAGGAUGGCAAGCAUGUUCUCGACUUAUCAGAAGGACGCCAAGCCUGACAGCCCUGGAUGUAAGGAGUUGUGACCUCAAUGACCGAUCUAUUCCCGUGUUUGGCCGUGCUUUAAAGCUAGGAAGCCAUCUAACAAUCUUACACAUGGAGAACAUGUACCUUUCUGGACGUGCUCUGAUCAUUCUAGUGGCUGCCCUCAAGAUGAACGAGACAUUGCAAGAACUUUUCCUGGCUGAUAAUCGACUGAUGCCCAGUGAUGGCAUUCAGCUUGGAAACCUCCUAAAGUACAACCAUUCACUUACUCUAUUGGACCUCCGCAACAAUCAUUUACAGGAUGUAGGGGUGGGACAUGUAUGUGAAGGAUUAUAUGAACAAAACCUUGACCAUGGUUUAAAGACCCUUGUACUGUGGAACAACCAAAUCACGUAUCAAUCUAUGGCUGCCAUUGGCCGAGCGCUGGGUUCUACUAAGUGUCUAGAGACGCUCAAUCUUGGCCACAACAAUGUGACCAAUGAGGGCAUACAUAUUCUCAAGGAAGGCCUGCUAAAAAGCAAGUCUUUGCUACGUCUCGGUCUUCAGUCAACACGCCUGACAUGUGAAGGAGCUGUUGCACUGGCUGAGUAUGUUGCUGAUAGUGCUCACCUCCUGCGCCUGGACCUCCGAGAAAAUGACAUUAAGACAGCUGGGCUAAUGGCUCUAUCAUUAUCUCUCAAGGUCAAUGACAGCGUUACUCGCAUAGACCUUGAUAAAGAAACCAAGAAGGAACCAGGCAUGAAGGACUAUGCUGAGCAGCAGAAGCGGCUACUGCAAGACAUCCAGCUGUUGCUAGAACGCAAUCAGCAGAGGGCACUGCAGCGAGAGGAGGAAGAGAGGCGUCAGCUGGAAGAGAGGGCCCACCAGGAAGUGGCAAGGAUUUCUGUUGAAUCUGCACUAGCUCUGGCCCAGGAAGCUGUUCAGGCUCAUCCAGAGUUGCUAUGUCUGACGGAGCAGAAUUCAAGGCGACGACCUAGUUUAUUAUUUGAUGCUACUCAGCUGACACCACAGGAGUCUCUGGAGUCACCCCAUCCCUCAGAUGUUCACCCUCUCUUCCCUGGCCAGCAAGAAUCAGGCUUGGCAGGUGCGACUGUUAUACCUGAAGUGUCUGUGUCAGCAUCCUCACCUCCAAUGACGUUGGAGCUGCAGCACCCGUUGACAGCAGUGACAGUGACACCAUCACCAGGAACUGUGACAGAAGGUAGCAUGAUAUUGCCGUUGCCUCAGAGCCUGACUGGGGCCACGGUAUUGCCAUCUCCUCCUGUCGAGCUCUUGCUUUCACCUCAGUACUACCCUCGCCCAACAGCCCGCAAGAUUUUCUCUGUCAGUCGGGUCAAAGAACCUCUGCCUGUCAUGUCCCCUACUGUGUCGCAGACUGGUGCACUGGGGACCACACCAAAUGUGGUAAGCCCUACUGGAGCAAGUUCUUUGCUUCCAGGAACCCCUGCACCUACGAUAGGGAUCAGUCCUACUCUUCUUUGUCAAGACCUGGCUGUGGAAACUGUCAGAGAGUAUAUUGAGCAGAUUGUUUCAGACUCUUCCUUGGUUCAUCAGCCUGGCAGUGUCAAAGCCGGUGGGGAUGGUAAGUUGAGCGAGGUUGAUUCUUAUGGAGAAGGCAUAGGGCUAGCCAUAGCAGAGAGUGACAAGGAAGAGCAAAAGAUGUCUGAAGAGGAUUCUGAGCUGGAUCCUUUAGGAGUUCUUAGGGCUGCAAGGUCUCUGCCUCGCAAGGUGGAUGUUGUUGACUGUGAUAGUGAUGAUUUGACGGACAUUAGCGUAGGAACCCCAGACUCAGAUUCUGUGUUUGAUGACUCCUCAGCUUUUUCUUCAACCAAUGAUUCAUUGUGCCAAGAGGGAAAGAGCCACGAUGGAGAAGAAGAAGAAGAGACGAGUGUCGCUUGCGUAAAUGCUGAUGGUGGAGCCUUUGGUGGUGCGAAGACCAGGGACACAAUGCAAAGCUCUUACAUUCCACAGACUUUAAGCCCAGAAGAUGAUGACGAUUUGUUUGUAGAAUUCAGCCGUUUAGGAAAAGUAAAACCAGAGGCAUCGAGCCAAAGUGUUGCUUCACAUCUUCACGCUACCAGAAAUUCUUUCACACAAAGUGCAGCAGAGAGUGACUGUACAUCCACAAUGGAUGCAAGUCAUUUAAGUCAAGGUGAAGACCUAGCUAGUAUACACAAGAGAAGUAAUGCUCGUGGAGAAUCUGCUUUCUCUCAGCAGGCAGCAGACGAGAAUCUUCCUAACGAUCAGCAAAGCACAGCUGCUUCCCUCUCGACUCACUUGCCGUACAGAAGCUUGGAUUUGUUUGACCUCAGCAUGGAUGAUGAGGAUCUCAGCAUAUUCACUUCAGCUCUUCAUGCCCCAAGUCAGCACUCAGAAAGCCUGCAUGAAGAGGGAAGUUCAGCCGAGGUAGUGCUGGAGAAAGAUGAGGGAGAAGUAGGUGUGGACUUGAAGUUGGCUCCAAGUGAGACCUGGCUGGCAGUGGAUGCAUCCAGCAUAGCAGAGCAGCAGAGUGAAGCUGAUGAGGAUCAGGGCAGCAAGCCAGAUUUCUUCACCUCUCUAACUCUAAAUGGUCUGACACAAGAGCUGGCAAGUGCACUCAUCGAUGAAAGCAAAGGAUCUGAUGAAUGUGAUGAGUUUGAGCGUGACCUAGACGCUAUGCUGGCAAGCAUAAGAAGUGAACUUUCCUGGCCGCUUUGCCAAGGCACAGAAGUGACAGAAGUGAACAGUGCUCAGACUAAUGAUACAGUGUCCAACAAUCAGCACACACUGCCUCAUGAAUUAGCUUAAGUUAUCUGUUAUAGUCCUGAUUUAGAAGGGCAAGGAAGGGAGGUUGGAGGAUUUUUGUUUGCAGCUAAAGAUAGGUAAUGUUUCAUUUGUAAUGAGAGUUUUACAAUGAAGUUCAUCAGCUGCUAGGAAAUAUCUGUGUUGUGGUGUAGGUAACUUUGUACAAGGGUAGUUUGUACAGAGAAAAGAAGGUAAAUGGGAAAAUACCGCUGGCAAAGAAACCACUCAUUAUGUGAUCCUUUCUGCUAUUUGUGGUCCAAAAAUCAUCAGUGAUCAUCCAGAAAUUCCUCUGCAAAUCAACACAAAAUUCCGUUUAUUCAUCUUCAUUAACUAGAGAAUUUCUGAGAGAGACAAGCAGGCUUUUUUUUUUCCCCCCUUUUCUCAUGGUUAAAGAUGGUGGCAAUGUUGAACUACCUGCAGUCUUUUGCUUUUCACAAUGCAAUAAUGUGGUUAUCAGUCAUAUCAGUUUUGUCAAAAAGUGUGUUGGGGGAGGCUAUUAAAUCGGUGAACUGCUUGUCUUUGUAAAUCGUUUUAGAGCAGCACCUGUUUGACUUAUGGACUGAGUCACUCUGGACUAUCAACAGCCACUGAAGCAACAGAAGGGAAAUUUUGAGAUUUCUGUCUCAUGCAGGGAAUAAUCCCUACUUUUUCCUUCUUUAGGGAACUUUUUAAAUAUUCAACAAGUAGGAAAUUGGAGUUGUGAUAUUAUUGGUGGUGAUGACAUCAGUCAUGACAUCGUGUUCUUGUUCAUUCAUAUGUGAUUGAAAGGAAGAGCAUAUUCUUCAUAUCCAAACAUUUACUGAUGCAAAUGCUUAUUUCACUUUGCUCAAACUGGCAGUCUUUGAAAGUAGGAGAAUGUGAAAUCCUCCACAAAAAUUGCUAAUUGUAUAUUAGCUUGCUUCUGUGCUCCCCAAAAUGCAGCAUCAGAUUUUGUUUGCUUUUAUUUAUGCAAUGAAAACUGUUUUACCAACAAAAUGAAGGUAAUUACUUCAGAUGUUAUGAGAUGCAGAUUAAGUAGUGGUUCAGGCAUGACCUAACAUAUGAGAAGGAGAAGAAUGCACAAGUGAUGUGACUGUCAAAGCACUUUGCAACAGAUUUAGUAGGGCAAUUUUACAUCUCCUUUAAAGAUGAAAGAAAAUUUGUGUGAUUAGCACAUGUUGACAAAGGUAGCAUAGGUUGUGAUUUGCUUGGAUUCUUAUUAGGUCACGUAAAGCAUAGAGAGAUCGGAUAUUGCAAUUUCUUUUCUCUCUCCCUCUCUCUUUUUUUUUUUUUUUGUUCGAGGCAAAAUUCACUGGAUCUUUACUAUAACACAGUAAUGUAUGUAUUGCACUGUUUAAACAUACCUGCACAUUUUGUGUUGAUAUAUUAAUUGGCUAAGCCCUAUAGCCAGACUAGCACAGGUAUUAUGUAUGUGCUUCAAACAUUUUUUGUUAAAAAAAUUUCUUUGGUUGUUCUGGCCUAGACUGGAUGUUGAAAGGGCAGUUGUGUAGUAGUACUUUACCAAAUUUAUUAUAGUUUUCAUUCAAACUGUCUAAAUUUACCACUAUCGUAACUGGGUUUUUCACCACUGUGAGACUUGAAUCAUUUCCUGUUUUAUUUAUAACUUAUAAGAUGCAUAUUCCUUAUAGUAUUUUUUUUCUCCAGUGUUUUUAAAUACAUAUGCUCUUUCCAUUGAAAGCAUCAAAAUCUACUAUAGCCAUUACAUUUAUUCACAGUAAAGUGAGUGACUGAAUAAAGGAAAUGUUGAUGUUUCACAAUAGCCAUGCACUUUGAUAACCUCUCACACCACACUUAAAUUCAUUUGCAAAGUGCACUUACAUUCGUGAAAACUGCUGCUAACACGACGAGCCGAUUCAGACAUAUUAAGUUGGUUUCACCUGUUUAUUGUCAGGCCAGGUAAUGCUUGUAGGCUUAGCUAGUUGAAGCAUUUAAAAGGCAGGCAGUCCUCACAGGCAUUUAUGUUUGAAAGAUAGAAGUUCAUGCAUUUAAUUUUAUAUAAUCUUUCUACAUAAAAAUAAAUCACAAGAGAUAAUUAGAAAACCAUUUUCAUCAUCUCUUGUAUGGACACCAUUGUGACAUAAUCAUGUUCUCACAGAAAUCAAGUAAGAAAUCUGAUGAAAGUUCAUGGAAGAUACAUUACAUCAUUGCUGUUUGACACCAAAAGGUUUUCUAAAUCUGAAAAUAGAAAUGCUUUGUUUUGCAAUGACACUUUGAAUGUCAGAACUGUGAAAAGGAGGAAUCUUGUGCAUCCUACUUUUGUCAGCAGUGAAGACCCAUUUUUCUUAAAUUAUGUUUAUUCAGGGCUAAUUAAUGGGACUUUGUUUGUAAGAUAUUUAUGCAGGUUUCCAUCUGUUGUAUUUAGUGCUUACUGCUUUUCACUCCCAACAAGCAGUUUUAUAUGCAGUUUCUCGAAUUUCUGUAUGCAUGCUUUGUGUGCAUGUGGGUGUGCUUAGGUGUGGCAUGCAUACCUGUGUCCAUGCACAUGCAUACAACUUUGAAUGUGUGUGUGAGCUGUACAAUCUUGAGUUGUCUUGCUUUUUUAUGUUUUGAAAAAAGGUGUGGGAGGGCUACCCUGUUCCUCUUGUCCCUGGUUUGUCUUAUGCAUUUAAAUGUUCCAACCUUAAAAAAACUGUAGAGUUGGCAAAGUUGAUCAUGCAAACACCUUUAAAAGCACUGUAUAUAUGCAUGAGUUUAAUUACUGUUGCUUUGAGGUUAACUGGAUUGUGAGUGUGACUUAAGUUGUAAAAUCUGAUGUUUACAGAAACAUUCUGUGAUGACUGUUGGACCCCAUGCAUGUCUUCUGUAUAGCUGAAAGCUUUGACUGGGAAGGCAUGGAGAUUUUGACUGCUAAUGACUUUUCAGAUUUUAAGCAAAUUUAAGGCUGAAAUUUUGUUUGGCUUGUGUUGACUGAGCUUUUGUAAUGUUUUUUAGGGUGAGUGGGGCAAUUAGGCUUUUGGUACAAGGGUUAAUUAACAUUUGGCACAGAUAUAGGCAUGCUCUUGCUAAAUACGCAAUUAAAUGCUUAACCAGCAGAAGAUUUUCAAACCAGGUGUAGCUUUUUUUACUUUUUUUUUUUUAGGGGAGGCAAAGGAGAAAGGGUUUCUAAAAUCACUACAAAAACCAAAAAGGCAUGCUUUUCAUUUAUAAGUAUUAGCUUUAUGUGAUAUUUCUGAAGAAUGUAAUUAUCAUGCAGGCACUUGAACAUUUUAGGAUAAUACUUUCAUGAUGCAUUUCUAAAUAUCUGAAGAAUACUUACCCAGGAUGAUGGAAGUCUCUGACUUUGGAAGUUAAGAUAAAAGAAAAAUGCUUCACUCUAAUCCAGAAAAGUAGGACAAACAUGAAUGAUUAUGUUUUGGUUGUGCAAAUAAUUUUCGCGCAUCACAGACAUCAUUUCACUGCAGUCUUGGUGAUAAACUAUGAUGUACAAAGGAAAUUAAAGUUGGAGCUGAACGCUUCUUGUGUGUGUUUUUAUGUUUGUUUUUUGUUUUGUUUGAUUUUCACUUUGACUUCUGGCUUCUACUCAGUGUUUAUCUGAAAGCAAACUUUUUGUAUGCAAAGUAUUUGAAAAAAUUAAUCAGUGUGAUAAAGUUACAUUCCAUCUUCGGAAUUUUCAUCAAAAGUAAUCUGAAUGUGUUUGUGUGUUGCAUAAUUGAUACAUCACAAACUUUUGACUCCUUACAUGACAGAACAGCAGGCUAGAAGGUGACCGACAUACAAUGUUUUCCUCAUACAUGCCAAUCUGUCCAAUGUUUAAUUCUAGCUGUAACUAAAUGUAUCUGCUUUCCACAGACACUGUCUUCUGCUAAGUUUUAUGUUAAAAGUGAAGUGCUUAUUUAUCUGUAGAAUGUGAUAUUAGCUGUCACCCAUUUAUACAUCCAUAUGUCACAAACAUGCCUUCCACUGCUUGUUGUGUUACCUGCCAGGAAUUUGUAAUUAGGGUUUUGCAUGCAUGUAAACAUUUUUUGAGUACCUAAGCUUUUAAAGCAAGUAUUUCUUUUUGCCCAAUGCAAAAAAGUGCUUUUGAAUUUAGAGAUUUUUUUCAUUGGGUUUCUGCAUGUAGUCACUUUAGCCUUAGUACUCGAACAGGGAAUAAACAAUUUAGACAGGUUACUGAUCUGAAUAACACAUUUUGUAUCGGAUUGCUUAAACUUUUAAUUUUUGGACUAUGUAUGUAGGCAGAAGUGUUUUUUCCUUUUGUUUUUGUCAACUUCAUAAGCACCUACCCCACCUGAGAGGUAGGAAGGUGCAUCAUAAAUGUUCAUUUUAUUACAUCAUUUAUGUCUUUAUCAUGUGUGAUAUAAUAGCCUAAAAAUACUCUUUGGUCUGUCAAGAACUAUUUUUCUGGUUGCAAAUACUCUUUGCUUUGUUAGGAUAACCAGGUCAGAUAUGUUAGCACACAUAAAAGCUUCAUAUACCUGCAUAUAGGCUUUAUACAUUUUUUACUUACACUUUUGUCAUUUUUUUUUUCCUUUUCUUUUUGUGGAAUACGAUGAACUUCAGUUAAAUUGUUAGAUUCUUACACAAGAUUGUUUAACUACUUAUGGAUUCUAACGCUUCCUAUACAGUUUGUACCUGUGGGUGCAAACAUCUUCAUAGCUACAGCUUGUGUUGAUUCAUUUAUAUUGAGUUAAACAUUCUUUUUAAAAUCCAUAACUAUUCAAGUUUAUUAAUUCCCAUAUGCACAGAAGUCAAUGGCAGAGCAAUAACUAAUUCACAAUGAUUUUUUUGGAGCGGGGUGGGAGUUGUAAAGUAUGAUUGCAAAGUGCUUUUGUACUAGGUCUGCACUGAGGUUAGUAUUUUACUUGUUGAAUAAUCUUUGUUGUCUGGUUGUUAGUGCACUUAGUGUUGGAGCUAGUUUAAUUUCCCCUUUCUACCCAACAGCUGUCUUGCAGAAAUGGAUACCUGAUUUAUCAGGGAAAGAAAAGGCAGCAGAAAGAGAUGGACUUUGCCUUCCACAUGCUGUGUAUUAGACACAAUGAACCAUUUAAUUAUGACUCUUUACCAUCUAGCUUACAGAACAGAAAAUAGUUUUCGUUGUAAUCAGUGAUAAUUGUGAUGACAGAAUCUGUGCAAUAACCUUGGUUAUGCUUUGUAAGCAGAUAAACUAUCAGUUAUGGAGACAUUUGUUAUUGUUUUCUCCAGUUUGACGUCUGCAAUAUUCACCUUAACUAGACUUUACCAUUUUUCUUCAUGAUCAGUGUUUUUGCUAGGCAACAAAAAACAGUCUGGACUUUCUACCUUUACACCUCCCCCCAAACUCAUCAAAAACAGGAAUCCCAUUCUUACUUCUAUUAAUCUUUUGUAUGAUCUUUGGUAAAUCCACUUUUAAUAUUAAUAUUCUGAACUGAUUUUGAUAAUUUUCACUUCUAUAAACCCUUAAACUUAAGAGACUCUAACAUGAUGCAAAGUGUAUGUGUGCAUGCAUGCUUACAAGUUCUAAUAACAUUUGGAAUGUGUAAAGUGUUUCAUCUUGUACUUUCUGCUCUUAAGCACAUGCUUGUAUUAAUGCAAAUAAACAGAUUUGUAGAUAUGUCUAAAUGCUCAGCUGAAAACUUGUAUAGAAUGAUUAUAUGUGCAGUAGCCUUCGGAGACAUUAAGGGCAAGCAAUGCAACUUUGAUGCCUACUGUCAGUUUGAUGAGCAGUCUCUGCAAUAUAAUCAGUAACAAAAGCAGAUAUGUUACUAGCAGAGGAAUGUGGUUAGGUUAAGAGUGCAUACAGGCAUGCUCUGUGUUUGGCAUUCACAAAUGCACAUUGAAGGAUACCAGCAGUCUGAUUUUCUUUAUCAGUUUAGAUUUAAUUUUUGUAAGUACAGAAGAUUCAAGGGUUGUGUACUAAACAGGAAUAAAGACCGCUAUUGCUGGGUUCA